AAAAAUUUGGAUUACAAAAAUUACACAACCGACCCGUUCGAAUUUGAAUCGACGUAUCCUAAUUACGUAAUUUAUAAACCACUAAUACUCUAAACUAUGUAAACUACUUUUCUUUUAGUUCAUCUAUAACUUUUCCCUCUUAGUUUUUUAAUUAAAUCUGCUACCAAAUUAAAGUUACCGAUUGAGUUUGAGCACUAUUAUCGCAUACGUCAGUAAAACAAAAUAAGUUGAACCUCAACCGCAAUAAUGGCGGCCGGUCCGAUAGCAGAGCGUAAUCAAGAUGCCACAAUCUAUGUUGGAGGAUUGGAUGAUAAAGUUAGUGAAUCUCUCCUUUGGGAGUUAUUUGUCCAGUCUGGACCUGUGGUUAAUGUCCACAUGCCAAAGGACAGAGUCACUCAAACACAUCAAGGGUAUGGAUUUGUUGAGUUUAUGGGGGAGGAGGAUGCCGAUUAUGCAAUAAAAAUAAUGAAUAUGAUCAAGUUGUAUGGUAAACCUAUUCGAGUUAACAAGGCUAGUGCCCACCAAAAGAAUCUUGAUGUUGGAGCCAAUAUUUUUAUUGGUAAUUUAGAUCCAGAAGUAGAUGAAAAACUACUAUAUGACACAUUCAGUGCUUUUGGAGUGAUUUUGCAAACACCAAAGAUUAUGCGGGACCCUGAAACGGGAAAUUCGAAAGGUUUUGCUUUUAUCAACUUUGCGUCAUUUGAUGCUAGUGAUGCUUCAAUAGAAGCAAUGAAUGGUCAGUACCUCUGUAACCGACCAAUAUCUGUAUCGUACGCUUUCAAAAGAGAUGCCAAAGGCGAACGUCACGGUAGUGCAGCGGAACGUCUGUUGGCCGCGCAAAAUCCACUCAGUCAAGCUGACAGGCCUCACCAGCUGUUUGCUGAUGCACCUCCACUUAUUCCGACGUCGAUGCCACCCAUGGGAAUGGCAGCUCAACAUCACAUGAUGCACGGCAUGGUAAUGCCACCACCACCUCCACCCACAGUACCGGCAAUGCCACCGAUGGGCAAUCCACCGCCACCACCGGUUCCACCACCACCAGCAGGUUUCCCAGGCAGUAUUCCACCGCCACCAAUGCCGCCGAUGCCCAACAUGCCCUCGCAACCACCUUUACCACCCGGUAUGCCUCCUCCAUUGCCACCAAUGCCGAGUCAGCAGAGAAUGAUGGGACCUCCACAAUGGCCUCAACAAGGACAAUUCCCACCUCCACCUCCACCUACGGGUGCGGCGCCACCACCACCUUUCCCUGGACAAUUCCAACCACCGCUGCCCAGAGCUGCACCUCCAGCUUGGAGAGGACCACAUCCACCACCACCGUUCCCACCGCGGGCGCCUCCACCUCCGCCUCCACCAACAGAGGGUGGACAAUAUUAAAACGAAUUUUCGUAACUUGAAAUGGAUAUCUUUAUUUUCAAGAGAAAAGAGCUGCCGUGUUUAAAAUGAAAGCGAAUGUAUAUAUUUUUUAAUUUUAUCAUAUCUAGUAAAUUGACUAAGGU